GCUGGAGGGCUGCAGUGAAAACUACACAUCCCAGAACUCCCCGCGAAGGAGGCUUGGACCGACGUUCGGGUCCCGUGACCAUAGAUGGCGAUCAGGCAGCGCGCUCACCACGUCUUGUGCAAGCUUCACCAAGACCGCCGGCUGCGGGAUAACGCUCAGCUGUCGCAGUGCAGGAUGGAGCAAAGGUCGACCUCCUCUGUUACACGUAAACAGCAAUAGGUAGCCUUUUAACUCUCUGCCACCCUCCCAAUCCUUCUGGUACCUCCGACAUGGGAGACGUGGCUGCCGAUGCACUCAAUGAUUAGACCUCCCCCGAGCUCCGAAGCGUUCCUAUUCCCCUCAAGAAUCCCACAUGUCAUAAGUUCCUCUUCCAGAUACCAGGCAACAAGCUUUUCAUGCAAAGCCAGCCACCAUAUGACCCACACGAACUGUCCGAUCCAAACAAGCUGACUCAUCUGGAUCUACAUGGGGGUGGACGAGGGUCCCGCAGGUGUGGACAGACCAGUGGAAGAAUCUGAUCUAAAGGAACCGAUGGCAGAGGACCCGGGAGGAGAAUGUGGGGAUGUCAAGGCAGAGACGGUUGCUAUGGUUACCACUGCUGGUUCUGAAGAGCUGACCGGCACCGGGGCGCAGACGGAGACGGCCCCCCGCUCGUGGAAGUGGUCAGUGAUCUACCUGUGCAUCUACGGCUUCAUGUCGGCCAUCAAACCCGGAGAGCCGUUCAUCACCCCCUACCUCCUCAGCACUGAGAAGAACUUCACCAGGGAGCAGGUGACCAACGAGAUCAACCCAGUGCUGUCCUACUCCUACAUGGUGGUGCUGGUGCCGGUGCUACUGCUGACAGACUUCCUGCGCUACAAGCCGGUGCUGGUGGUGCAGGGCCUCAGCCAGGUGGCCAUCUGGCUGCUGCUGCUACUUGGCUCCUCGCUGCCCCACAUGCAGCUCAUGGAGUUCUUCUACGGCGUGACCAUGGCGGCGCGCGUGGCCUACUCCUCCUACAUCUUCUCGCUUGUCACGCCCGGCCUGUACCAGCGCGUGGCCAGCUACUCCCGCACCGCCGUGCUGAUGGGCGUGUUCUUCAGCUCGGUGCUGGGCCAGCUGUGCAUGUCCCUGGGCGACGUGAGCUACACCACGCUGAGCGGCGUCUCGCUAGGAUUCGUGUUGCUGGGCCUGCUGCUCUCGCUCUGCCUGCCCUGGCCCAAGCGCUCCAUGUUCUUCAACCGCACACACCAGCACCAGCAGCAGCAGCUGCGGGAGCUGGUGGAGGGGGAGGGGGACACCGAAGCCACCAAGGCGGAGCGGGACCUGAUGAACCCUGCGGGGGUCAAGGCCCCGGCGUCACCCGCCCUGCCCCCCUGGCGCUGGUGUACCCUGUCCUGGCGGCAGUCUGUGUUUUUGCAGAUGCUGGGGGAGGUGCGGGGCGUGGUGAGGGAGCCCAACCUGAGGCUGUGGUGCCUGUGGUGGGUGUUCAACUCCACAGGGUAUUACCUGGUGCUGUUCUACGUGCAUAUCCUGUGGAACAAGGUGUACCCGGCCACGGAGAACAAGCACGUGUACAAUGGUGGCGUGGAGGCCGUGUCCGUCCUGCUGGGUGCGAUCACUUCCUUCCUGGCUGGUCUGGUGAAGAUACGCUGGAACUUGUGGUCGGAGCUGCUGAUCGGGGUGAUCACCGCCCUGCAGGCGGGCCUCCUGCUCCUAAUGGGCCUCACCGACAACAUCUGGGUCUGCUACGUGGCCUACGCCCUCUUCAGGGGCUUCUACCAGUUCCUGGUGCCCAUCGCCAUUUUCCAGAUCGCCUCGUCCCUCACUAAGGAGUUGUGCGCGUUGGUGUUCGGGAUCAACACCUUCCUGGGGACCAUCGUGAAGACCAUCAUCACCCUCAUCGUGGCCGACAAGAGGGGCCUGGGACUAGAUGUCCACGACCAGUUCCUUGUCUACUUCUUUUACUUUGCACUCCUCACCGUCAUCUACAUGGUCUGCGCCGCCGUGGUUAUCACCCGUCACUAUAGGCGCCAGUCGGGGGGUGGGGCCAGCGCCCUAGCCAUGCCCAGCGAGCUGAGCCCAACAGCGGCGGUGGAAUCUCAAUCUGAUGUAGAGCCUCAUUCAAACGGCAAGCCUGCAUCUACAUAACGACCACCUGGACACAGGACACCUGGGCUUCUCGCUAAGCUCUAAAAGGGUGACUGUAGGGUAGGCGUCGCACAAUACAAGCAGAACUACUCCACACCAUCGCUUUUGACGAAGGUACUCUCAGCCCCUAACCCCAUUCCGUAUGGUGCCCAGGUGGAGCUCCCAGCACCUUCAAUCAGAGAUGUCCCUGCACCUCUUGUGGCCUCCCCAUAUCGUCGUUAAACUUGUCCUUUGAAACCCCCCAAACAGAUCUGAAGAUGUGACUACGAGUGUUUCCUAUGUGCCUUGUCUCGCCCCCCGCGGUACCGGGUGUGCGGCCUACUUUAAGUGAGAAUGGGUUGGAACUUGCCUUGGACAGUGGGACCAGCUACAGGAAUCUACUGUAUUGUUCAGUUCAACUCUAAAUCGUUUUGUUUGUCGUGUUGUAAAAAACUGUAAAAAAAACUCUAGCGAUUCUUUUAAUAGGUUAAUGAUUUAUUCAUUUUGAAACUGAAUGAGCUAACUGAUGCCAAGUACUCUAGUAUGUUGUAAGAAAUCUUCCUCAUGAAAUGGUCGUAGUGGGCCCCGGUUUGUUAUUUUCGUGAAGAUUGCACUGGAGAUUUAGAGUAGCUCCCAGAAUGAUUGUCCGUCUCCAUAUGCUGUAGCUGUCCGAACUCUGGCAGUCGGCGAAUCAGCCCCGUGUUGGGACAAGGGGCCAUGAUUGCAAUGCUAUCGCCAUUAACAUUGCUUUAAUGGAAAAAUCUGUGUGAUUUGAAACAUUCUUUAUUAUGUUUUUUUAUAUUCAUUUAGGAAGUACGAUGCAGAAGUCUUAUACUAAUUAGUACUGUUUUACACUAGGUCAAUUUACCACAGUGUAUAUAGGAAUAUAUAUUUGAUAUACUUAUCCUGACCAUGACCGAAUAACCAGGAAAGCUUGAGCGAAGUAAGAGUCUAAGGAUGUUAUAAUGACUGUGCAUUAUUUAGUUUACUGGUACUGAAGACAUUACACACAUAUUUACAGGUCAAUGGCUCCAGGAGUUUAUUAAUCAUGCAUUUCACUCUGGUCUAAUGGAGUGGCGAGUGUCCAUUGGCAAAGAUUAUGAUUUGGGACAAAAUUGGUCGGUAAUGUAUGAAGUGCAGUUUGUGUAGGAAUGGUGUUGCCUUGGGUCGCCUUAUAUUCCCUGAUGCCGUGUCAAUAGUGUGCAUGAAAAAAAUAUAAUUGCCUUUUUUCCAAUAGUUUUUUACACAAACUGCAUUUAUUCGUGGGUAAAUUGAGUCGGACGAGCACUGUUUAGUAGAGCUUGUUACAAACCAUGUUGUGUUUCUUUGAUUUUAAGAAUUGGUUUGUAGGUUUGCUGAACACUGAAGAACAUGAAUGUGAACCCCUUACUUUUAAGCAGUUAAGUCGAUAAAGGUGAACCCUGUUGACAUGCUGUAAAAGGAAUAGGAGAAUACUUGACUAUCUCAAUUUUGAUCAUUUGUUAAUUUUGUACUUGAAUAUUAAAUGUUUUUGGCGAAGAGA